GUUCAGGAUUUGUAUUCUAUUUCUGGCGCAUUUGUUUAUUUGUUUAAUCGCCUUGAAAAAUUGAAUCCCGAAAUGGAAAAUUAGAGAAAUCUUUCAUUGAAAUCCGACCAGAUUUUGCUGGAUUUUUGUGGGUCUGAUUUCGAUGCAAAGUUCUUCCACUCCUCUUAAAGGAAAAGGAUCAAAUCCAACUUUUCUUUCGUUUUCUUGCAUCUUUUUCUGAAUUAUAUGCAUCGGUACAGUGGGAAUGGCAGCUGAAGAGUCACGGUUUCAUGUUUUAGCUGUUGAUGAUAGUCUAAUUGACAGAAAGGUCAUUGAGAGGCUACUCAAAACCUCUUCAUAUCAAGUUACUACAGUAGAUUCUGGUAGCAAAGCUCUGGAGUUUCUUGGUUUGCAUGAAAAUGACAGAAUUGCCCAUAAUGAAACCUCUGUUUCUCCCAAAAUUCAUCAGGAAGUGGAAGUAAAUCUUGUUAUUACAGACUACUGUAUGCCUGGGAUGUCUGGCUAUGAUUUGCUCAAGAAAAUUAAGGUAUAUUUUCUUGUACGGAUGAAUUUCCUUUCAUGGAAAAUACGCCUUCGAUAAAAUCUUCUCAAUUCAAUAUGUGCUACUUUCAGAUUGAUGAUGUGGUCCUUUUCUUGCAUUCAUUUGAGAUCAAUAAAACCUUUUUCAAUUUUUUUUAUUUUUUUAAAUCCCACCUAAUAUGAGUAAUUAAUCAGAUAACUGAAAGCAUUUAAUUCCACAUGCCUAGCUUACCCUAAUUGGUUGUUUGAUAAGUUGGAAUCGGAUAAUAAUACAGAAAGGAUGACUUUAUAAGGAAAAAGAUGGAGUUACAGGAGCUAGGUUCACAGCCCCUGCCAGAUGAGAGA